GUCGCGUGUGGUCGCGAUCGGCGUCGGCGGGCGUUGCGCCGCGUGCGGAGCGGGAGGUCGCGUUACGCACGAGUGCGGGCUUUUCGCCGCUUCCUCUUUCUCCCGGCGAGGUCGCUGACGACGAGUGGCGGCCGGACGGCCGGGCUCGGCGCCAUGCUGCGGCGCACGAAGGCCGAGGUGGAGAGAUACGUCGCCUCCGUACAGGCCGCCGCCUCCUCUCCUCGAGAGAGAUCGUUGAAAGGAUUCUUCUUUGCGAAGCUGUAUUUUGGGAUAAAAGAAUAUGAGCUUGCUCAAAGGCAUCUAUCUAUUUAUCUCCAUGUCCGAGAGAGAGAUCCCAAAGCUCACAGGUUUCUGGGACAGAUCUAUGAAGCUCAGGAUAAUGUAGAAAAAGCUUGUGGGUGUUACGAGCGUUCUGUGGAGCUGAAUCCAAUGCAGAAAGAUCUGGUACUGAAGAUUGCAGAGUUACUGAGCAAUCACAACAUCACUGAUGAAAGAGCCAAGUACUGGGUUGAGAAAGCUGCCAGGCUCUUCCCUGGGAAUCCUGCUGCUUACAGAUUGAAGGAGCAGUUACUGGAGCGUAAAGGUGAAGCUGGAUGGAAUCAGCUCUUGGAUAUGAUUCGAACAGAACUCUGUGCGAGACCAGACGAUCUCUACCUUAACAUCAGACUGGUUGCUCUCUACCGUUCAAAUAAUAAAUUAAGAGACGCUGUGCUUCAUUGUCAGGAGGUGGAGAAGAAAAUACCUGUAGACUCAAGCUUGGAAUGGUGUUUGUGUGUCAUAAAGACAUUUGAGGAGUAUCUCGAAUCAGUACGAGACUUGGAGUCUGAUAGAAAUAAUUGGAGAGCUAUCAAGAAAGAUCAUCUGCUGGCCUAUUCUAGCUUGGUUAAAAUGACACUUGCUUCUAGAGAUGUUCAAGAAAGCAGAGGGGCACUUGAAAGUUUUGAUCGUGUGCUUCACUCUGUGAAACUGUGUGUGAAUGGACCUGACGAGCUGUCUCGUGCCUUCCUUGAAAUGAAAGGACACUUCUACAUGCAUGCUGGCACUUUCCUGCUGAAAAUGGCCCAGAACAGUGAGGCACAAUGGAGAGAUGCAUGUGAACUUGCAGCCUUGUGUUAUUUGAAAAGUUUCCAUAUUCCUAAACCAAAGUCAAAACCAGUAAAAGGAGAUGGUACUGGACAAGAUCUGCUGGAAAUGUUGGCCUGUGACCGAAAAAGCCAGUCUGGUCAUAUGUUGCUGAACUUAAGCCACAGCAAGGAGGACUUCUUGAAGAAGAUUGUGGAAAAUUUUGCCAACAAAAGGGGUUUAUUUACACUGUUUGAAAGCCUCUUUGGGAGUGGAGCUUCUAAAGAGAGAUCUUUCCUCGGCACAGAUGAUAUAGGAGAUGUCAGUACACAGGCACCAGUGCAAGAGGAACUGAGUGAAUAUGAUAUUGGUGCUGUUCGAAUGCACAGUGGAAGUCUCCAGCACCUUGUAUGGCUUGGCUUGCAGUGGAAUUCUAUGUCAGUGUUAUUCCCACUGCGUAAAUUAUUAGAGCGACUUUUCCACCUGCCCCAAGAGACAUCAAAACUUGAAACAGAUGCUCCCGACUCCAUUUGCUUGUUGGACCUUGAGGUUUUUUUACUUGGGAUGGUGUUCACUGGCAACUUAGAAUUGCAGGAGAAGCUGAAUACUCGCUGUGGCACGCAUCAGCCUCCUUUCUUACCAUUGCUGCUGUGCAAACAGUACUGUACUGAGAAGCAAAGAUCCUGGUGGGAUGCUGUUUGUACGCUUAUGCAGAAAAAAACAAUACCGGACUCAGUAACAAAACUGCGGCUUCUUGUUCAGCAUGGAUUAAGUACUCUGCGAGCCCUGGAGAAACACGGCCUUCAGCCUGCCUUAAUUAUGCACUGGGCAAGAAGCCUGCAAAAAACAGGCAUUAGCCUUAAUUCCUUCUGUGACCAGAAACAAUACAUUGGAAGAAGUGUCUACUACUGGAAGAAGACUUUGCUUAGUUUGAAAACUAUCAAAAAGCACAAAAGUAUUCCUGAACCUACUGAUCCUCUCUUCAAACAUUUCCGUAGUGUGGACAUUCAGGUCUUUCAGGUUGCAGCCUAUGAAGAAGAGGCGCACAUAGCAUUUGCAACGUUGGAUGCGGUUGAGGGCAAAACCGAUGAUGCUUUAUUAGCAUUUGAAGCUAUUAAGAACGUGGUUUCGUACUGGAAUCUUGCCAUUCUGUGCCAACGAAAGGCAAAGGAGAUUGAGAAUGAUGCUAUGUUGCCGGAACAACGAGAAGAGCACAAAACCUAUCUUCUUAAAAGAAAGCAUUACUUGAUGAAGGUCAUUGAUGAAAGCUCCUGUGAUCCUUCAGUAGCCAACAAACUGCCGGUAUCUGUUAAAACGGUAACGGAAAUGCUGAAUGCAGUGAUCCAAGAGCUUGGAGAGAAUGAGGAAGAGGAAAGUCUUGCCUCCGGAAAUAUCUCACAGGCUGCAGGUCUGGAAGUAAAAUAUUCAACUCCAUCACCGAAGAGGUUAUCUUUCUCACCAGCUAAUAACUACAAGUUUUCUCCUAAAACUCUUCCUCAGUGGGCGGAAGAUCAGAAGUCCUUACUUCAAAUGCUGAGUCAGCAAGUGGAAGCUUUGAAGAACGAAAUACAAGAAAUGAAACGUAAUAGAUCCGGUGUAAGUAUAUCAUCUCACGGGUGGCCUGGUGAAAGCUAUGGAACAGAUACUGUGUCUGCUGGUUAUGAGAGAGCACAAAACCUUCAUGAAGUUCCUGUAACAGUUGCUACCUCUGGCCCAUCUGUUGACUAUAGCCGGUCACCUGCUUACAACUCGCGUCAUCUUCUAAGAACUUCCGCGACCAAUGUAACGCCAACAAAGGCACCUGUCUGUGGCAUGAAGGGACUUGCACCUCAGCAACAUAUAUAUGUUUCUCAACAACCGAUCCACACGCCACCUCUACAAAGCACUUCAGCUGGUGUGUUUCCUCAAGACAUCAAUGUACCCAGUGAAUCUGACAGCAGAGGCAGUUUUACGCCAACUGCCUUCACCACAUUUUCAUGUCGAAAGGGAGCCAUACUAAGCUCUUCCUUCGGUGAGUUUGAACAGUCUCCCUUGCAGAAGAAUCAGUGGGAGCAUAAAAUAUGUUCAGUUGGGAACAAAGCAACUGCAAAGAACGGUGUCUCCUGCCAAAGCCCAAAUCCAGAUAUGUGGGAAACACGUGACAUCCCUGUAACUGAAUCUGCUGCAAGUUUGAAAGCCAGUGGCAGUGCUGCCCAGGACAAAUCAGGAUCCAUCUUUGAUACAAAGGAAGGUGAAGACUCUGAAACAGCAGUUAAGAAACGUAGCGGAAGACUGUCUCCCAGCAAUGAGGAAGAAGGAAGGGAGGUGUGGCAAGCCAGAGCAUCUCCUUGUGGCAAGGACGCUGUAGCUGGACUGGAAGGAACUGGCAGGGUGGCAGCAGACCUCAGCCUUGGUGACGCUGCUUCUGAUGCUGCUGCAGAAGCUUCGGAGCUCUGGAGCACCUCUGAAACGCCGCAAAAACCAGUGGUUUCCCCCGCAAAGUUUGUAUUCCAGGCUGAAUCCGUCAAGAGCGUUUUCAGCAGUGAGAAGACCUUCCCGUUUGGAAAUACUUCCGCCCCCAGUUCCCUCUUUGGAUUUGGCGUUCAUCCCCCAAGAAAAAGCGCAGCAUCCCAGAAAGCAGAGCAGGAAAAGCCAGGAGCAGCUGAACCACCCAAAAGCUGCGGUGCGCCUCAGAAGCCUUUGGAGGGCAAGGCAUCCCAGCUGGCUCCUGCAGCACAAGAUGGGCCCUCCAACUUCUCCUUUAAAAUUCUGGAAAAGGGUGAAGACUCUGAAACAGCAGUUAAGAAACGUAGCGGAAGACUGUCUCCCAGCAAUGAGGAAGAAGGAAGGGAGGUGUGGCAAGCCAGAGCAUCUCCUUGUGGCAAGGACGCUGUAGCUGGACUGGAAGGAACUGGCAGGGUGGCAGCAGACCUCAGCCUUGGUGACGCUGCUUCUGAUGCUGCUGCAGAAGCUUCGGAGCUCUGGAGCACCUCUGAAACGCCGCAAAAACCAGUGGUUUCCCCCGCAAAGUUUGUAUUCCAGGCUGAAUCCGUCAAGAGCGUUUUCAGCAGUGAGAAGACCUUCCCGUUUGGAAAUACUUCCGCCCCCAGUUCCCUCUUUGGAUUUGGCGUUCAUCCCCCAAGAAAAAGCGCAGCAUCCCAGAAAGCAGAGCAGGAAAAGCCAGGAGCAGCUGAACCACCCAAAAGCUGCGGUGCGCCUCAGAAGCCUUUGGAGGGCAAGGCAUCCCAGCUGGCUCCUGCAGCACAAGAUGGGCCCUCCAACUUCUCCUUUAAAAUUCUGGAAAAGGGUGAAGACUCUGAAACAGCAGUUAAGAAACGUAGCGGAAGACUGUCUCCCAGCAAUGAGGAAGAAGGAAGGGAGGUGUGGCAAGCCAGAGCAUCUCCUUGUGGCAAGGACGCUGUAGCUGGACUGGAAGGAACUGGCAGGGUGGCAGCAGACCUCAGCCUUGGUGACGCUGCUUCUGAUGCUGCUGCAGAAGCUUCGGAGCUCUGGAGCACCUCUGAAACGCCGCAAAAACCAGUGGUUUCCCCCGCAAAGUUUGUAUUCCAGGCUGAAUCCGUCAAGAGCGUUUUCAGCAGUGAGAAGACCUUCCCGUUUGGAAAUACUUCCGCCCCCAGUUCCCUCUUUGGAUUUGGCGUUCAUCCCCCAAGAAAAAGCGCAGCAUCCCAGAAAGCAGAGCAGGAAAAGCCAGGAGCAGCUGAACCACCCAAAAGCUGCGGUGCGCCUCAGAAGCCUUUGGAGGGCAAGGCAUCCCAGCUGGCUCCUGCAGCACAAGAUGGGCCCUCCAACUUCUCCUUUAAAAUUCUGGAAAAGGGUGAAGACUCUGAAACAGCAGUUAAGAAACGUAGCGGAAGACUGUCUCCCAGCAAUGAGGAAGAAGGAAGGGAGGUGUGGCAAGCCAGAGCAUCUCCUUGUGGCAAGGACGCUGUAGCUGGACUGGAAGGAACUGGCAGGGUGGCAGCAGACCUCAGCCUUGGUGACGCUGCUUCUGAUGCUGCUGCAGAAGCUUCGGAGCUCUGGAGCACCUCUGAAACGCCGCAAAAACCAGUGGUUUCCCCCGCAAAGUUUGUAUUCCAGGCUGAAUCCGUCAAGAGCGUUUUCAGCAGUGAGAAGACCUUCCCGUUUGGAAAUACUUCCGCCCCCAGUUCCCUCUUUGGAUUUGGCGUUCAUCCCCCAAGAAAAAGCGCAGCAUCCCAGAAAGCAGAGCAGGAAAAGCCAGGAGCAGCUGAACCACCCAAAAGCUGCGGUGCGCCUCAGAAGCCUUUGGAGGGCAAGGCAUCCCAGCUGGCUCCUGCAGCACAAGAUGGGCCCUCCAACUUCUCCUUUAAAAUUCUGGAAAAGGGUGAAGACUCUGAAACAGCAGUUAAGAAACGUAGCGGAAGACUGUCUCCCAGCAAUGAGGAAGAAGGAAGGGAGGUGUGGCAAGCCAGAGCAUCUCCUUGUGGCAAGGACGCUGUAGCUGGACUGGAAGGAACUGGCAGGGUGGCAGCAGACCUCAGCCUUGGUGACGCUGCUUCUGAUGCUGCUGCAGAAGCUUCGGAGCUCUGGAGCACCUCUGAAACGCCGCAAAAACCAGUGGUUUCCCCCGCAAAGUUUGUAUUCCAGGCUGAAUCCGUCAAGAGCGUUUUCAGCAGUGAGAAGACCUUCCCGUUUGGAAAUACUUCCGCCCCCAGUUCCCUCUUUGGAUUUGGCGUUCAUCCCCCAAGAAAAAGCGCAGCAUCCCAGAAAGCAGAGCAGGAAAAGCCAGGAGCAGCUGAACCACCCAAAAGCUGCGGUGCGCCUCAGAAGCCUUUGGAGGGCAAGGCAUCCCAGCUGGCUCCUGCAGCACAAGAUGGGCCCUCCAACUUCUCCUUUAAAAUUCUGGAAAAGGGUGAAGACUCUGAAACAGCAGUUAAGAAACGUAGCGGAAGACUGUCUCCCAGCAAUGAGGAAGAAGGAAGGGAGGUGUGGCAAGCCAGAGCAUCUCCUUGUGGCAAGGACGCUGUAGCUGGACUGGAAGGAACUGGCAGGGUGGCAGCAGACCUCAGCCUUGGUGACGCUGCUUCUGAUGCUGCUGCAGAAGCUUCGGAGCUCUGGAGCACCUCUGAAACGCCGCAAAAACCAGUGGUUUCCCCCGCAAAGUUUGUAUUCCAGGCUGAAUCCGUCAAGAGCGUUUUCAGCAGUGAGAAGACCUUCCCGUUUGGAAAUACUUCCGCCCCCAGUUCCCUCUUUGGAUUUGGCGUUCAUCCCCCAAGAAAAAGCGCAGCAUCCCAGAAAGCAGAGCAGGAAAAGCCAGGAGCAGCUGAACCACCCAAAAGCUGCGGUGCGCCUCAGAAGCCUUUGGAGGGCAAGGCAUCCCAGCUGGCUCCUGCAGCACAAGAUGGGCCCUCCAACUUCUCCUUUAAAAUUCUGGAAAAGGGUGAAGACUCUGAAACAGCAGUUAAGAAACGUAGCGGAAGACUGUCUCCCAGCAAUGAGGAAGAAGGAAGGGAGGUGUGGCAAGCCAGAGCAUCUCCUUGUGGCAAGGACGCUGUAGCUGGACUGGAAGGAACUGGCAGGGUGGCAGCAGACCUCAGCCUUGGUGACGCUGCUUCUGAUGCUGCUGCAGAAGCUUCGGAGCUCUGGAGCACCUCUGAAACGCCGCAAAAACCAGUGGUUUCCCCCGCAAAGUUUGUAUUCCAGGCUGAAUCCGUCAAGAGCGUUUUCAGCAGUGAGAAGACCUUCCCGUUUGGAAAUACUUCCGCCCCCAGUUCCCUCUUUGGAUUUGGCGUUCAUCCCCCAAGAAAAAGCGCAGCAUCCCAGAAAGCAGAGCAGGAAAAGCCAGGAGCAGCUGAACCACCCAAAAGCUGCGGUGCGCCUCAGAAGCCUUUGGAGGGCAAGGCAUCCCAGCUGGCUCCUGCAGCACAAGAUGGGCCCUCCAACUUCUCCUUUAAAAUUCUGGAAAAGGGUGAAGACUCUGAAACAGCAGUUAAGAAACGUAGCGGAAGACUGUCUCCCAGCAAUGAGGAAGAAGGAAGGGAGGUGUGGCAAGCCAGAGCAUCUCCUUGUGGCAAGGACGCUGUAGCUGGACUGGAAGGAACUGGCAGGGUGGCAGCAGACCUCAGCCUUGGUGACGCUGCUUCUGAUGCUGCUGCAGAAGCUUCGGAGCUCUGGAGCACCUCUGAAACGCCGCAAAAACCAGUGGUUUCCCCCGCAAAGUUUGUAUUCCAGGCUGAAUCCGUCAAGAGCGUUUUCAGCAGUGAGAAGACCUUCCCGUUUGGAAAUACUUCCGCCCCCAGUUCCCUCUUUGGAUUUGGCGUUCAUCCCCCAAGAAAAAGCGCAGCAUCCCAGAAAGCAGAGCAGGAAAAGCCAGGAGCAGCUGAACCACCCAAAAGCUGCGGUGCGCCUCAGAAGCCUUUGGAGGGCAAGGCAUCCCAGCUGGCUCCUGCAGCACAAGAUGGGCCCUCCAACUUCUCCUUUAAAAUUCUGGAAAAGGGUGAAGACUCUGAAACAGCAGUUAAGAAACGUAGCGGAAGACUGUCUCCCAGCAAUGAGGAAGAAGGAAGGGAGGUGUGGCAAGCCAGAGCAUCUCCUUGUGGCAAGGACGCUGUAGCUGGACUGGAAGGAACUGGCAGGGUGGCAGCAGACCUCAGCCUUGGUGACGCUGCUUCUGAUGCUGCUGCAGAAGCUUCGGAGCUCUGGAGCACCUCUGAAACGCCGCAAAAACCAGUGGUUUCCCCCGCAAAGUUUGUAUUCCAGGCUGAAUCCGUCAAGAGCGUUUUCAGCAGUGAGAAGACCUUCCCGUUUGGAAAUACUUCCGCCCCCAGUUCCCUCUUUGGAUUUGGCGUUCAUCCCCCAAGAAAAAGCGCAGCAUCCCAGAAAGCAGAGCAGGAAAAGCCAGGAGCAGCUGAACCACUCAAAAGCUGCGGUGCACCUCAGAAGCCUUUGGAGGGCAAGGCAUCCCAGCUGGCUCCUGCAGCACAAGAUGGGCCCUCCAACUUCUCCUUUAAAAUUCUGGAAAAGGUAGGCUCCUCAGUCACACAUAAAUUGGAGAGAGAAUGUGUUACUGCUUGGGAAAAUAAACCGUCUGAGGAGAAGGCUGGAGGAGCAGCUAUGCAGGUCCCUUCUUCAUCUGUCUGUGGCAUUAGUAGUAACGUGGAGGAUGCCGGUCCAACAGGCUCUCAGAAAGAAGUUAAAACUCAAAGAAAGAAAGUACGAGUCAAGUCUUUACGGAAAUUUAGGCAAUAAAGUUGCAGUAUUAUUCUUAGACUAUUUUCAUUUAGUGAGAAAUAAAACAUCCAGCAGAUUAAAAACUA